AUGCAAUUCACCGUCGCCCUUCUCACGCUUGCCAGCCUCGGCCUGAAUAUUCUUCCUGUUCAGGCCGCAGCAGUUCCUGUCGCCGGCUUGGCUCGCCGCGCCGAUAAUGUCAAUCGCCGCCACGUCUACGCCUUGGAUGAUGACGAGAUUGCGCACGAGAAGCGCCACGUCUACGCCUUGGAUGAGGACGAGACUGCACACGAGAAGCGUCACGUCUAUGCUUUGGACGACGACGAGGUCGCCCACGAGAAGCGUCACGUCUAUGCUUUGGACGACGACGAGGUCGCCCACGAGAAGCGUCAUGUCUACGCCUUGGACGAUGACGAGGUCGCACACGAAAAGCGCCAUGUCUACGCCUUGGACGAUGACGAGGUCGCACACGAAAAGCGCCAUGUCUACGCCUUGGAUGAGGACAAGGUCGCAAAUGAGAAGCGCCAUGUCUACGCUUUGGAUGAGGACGAGGUCGCC